AUGAGAACAGUAUCAGAACUCACUAAGAUCUUGGAUCUUUGCGUUUUAUCACCAAAUCAAUUUAAUACAUUAUUCCAAAUCAUAAGUAAUAAAUAUACCAGUUCAGAAACAUUAUUCAUUUUGCAGCAUUCUCAGAUAGGUGCAUUUGAAAACUUUAAACUUGCAAUUGAUGUUUUGGAAAACAUUUCAAGAAUAUUUAAAAUCAAAAUAAUUCAAGAUAUUUGCAAUUGUUUCAAAAGAGAAAAUACAUGUGACAAAACUCAAAUAAAAAACUAUCAAACGAGAAUAUUGAAAUUCAAUAAAAAUUCAGCUGACUUUGAGAAAAUAUACGCUUUUCUAAGGCUUGCAUUAGAAGACAAUGAUCAAAAUGCAUUUAAUCUUGCAUCAGAGCAUGGAUACAUUAAUGUGAAAGAUAAAAAUGGAAAGACAUGUCUCCAUCAUGCAACUUGUGAAAGUAAUCUCAAAUUACUAAAAUAUCUUUGCUCUACAACAAACAUUGAUCUCGAUGCAAAAGAUUCCUUGCAAAAUACAGCUCUGCAUUAUGCGAUUCAAAAUCAUGACAACAAUUGUCUCCAAUAUCUCUGUUCACUUCCAAAUAUUGAUGUUAAUGCGAAAGAUAAAUUAGGGGAAACAAUUCUACAUCAUUCAAUCAGAAAUAGAAACCUCAAUCGCAUUAAAUACAUUUGUUCAGUUAAAAAUUUAAAUAUUAAUGCAAAAAAUAACGCAGGAAAAACAGCUCUUCAUUAUGCAGUAAUUAUAAAUGAUACAAACAUUUUACAUUUUAUUUGUUCUCAUCCAAAUAUUAAUUUUAAUGAAAAAGCAAACUCUGGAAUGACAGCUCUUCAUUAUGCAGCUAAAAGAAGAGAUUUAAACAAUAUUAAAUACCUUUUAUCUUUUCCAAACAUUGAUAUUAAUGCAAAUGAUAAUGAUAAUAACUCAAUUCUUCAUUAUGCAGCUCUGAAUAGUAAUGUUGAAGUUAUCAAAUAUCUCAAUUCGACUUAUAAUCUGGAUAUUAAUGCAAAAAAUAAUUAA